AGUUUAAAGUUCCACCAUGAAUGCAUAUAAAUCACAUAAUCAUAUUCUUAGUGCUUGUUCAUCGAAUUAAGUUCAUACCGAUUCUCAUAACGUCUUUUGAUAUUGAAUCCAACUUUGUUUUUUCCAUCCUCUUUGAUAAUCAAAAGUUUGAAUCUUGAUUUAGUUCACUAGAUUUUUAGAAAUAUUGUUAGAAACAAAAUUCCAUUCCCUUGGGACGAACCUUAAGUACCAUCGAUAUAACCGUGCACUUGCGGUUGUGUGUGCUUAAGUGACUUAUAAAUAUUAAAGCUUGAUCAAACUACGCACACUACUUAGCACGCAUCAAGUUUUUGGCGCCGUUGCCGGGGAACUCGUGAAAAUUGUUUUUGACGAUAACUCUUUUAGUCUUGUGAACUUUCACCACGCCUUAAGUAAAUCCAUCUUUUUGUAAUCUUGAUAAAUUUGUUCAUUUCGUCUUUCUUGUUUAUAAUCCAUUUUCCUUUUUAUAUUUGUAUUUCUAGUAUACUUUGAAAUUUUUCUUUUGAAUAUUACAGGAUGUUCGGUGCAUGACCCGAAGUAGUGGAAGUGACAACUUGCAACCAUACGACCCCGAAAUUGAAAGAACGUAUAUCACUCGAAGAAGACAAACAAAAAUGGCGGGCGUCAAUAAUCAACCACCACGACUUCCACCACCCCCUCAAGCACCAGAACCAGCCUUACGACGGGAGCCACGAGCCGAGACGUACGGUGACUACAACUCACCCAAACCCACAGAAUUCUUGUCAUGCAUCCGAAGGCCACCGAUCAAUCGAACAAACUUUGAGCUCAAACCAGCAUUUAUUCAAAUGCUCGCAAGCAAAACUUUCGGAGGAUGGCCUCAUGAAGAUCCCAAUGUUCACCUCGCAACAUUCAAGAAAAUGUGCAAAUCAAUGAUUGUCGAAGGCGUAUCUGAAGAGGCAAUCUUUUUAUGGGCGUUCCCAUACUCCCUGGGCGAUAAAGCGGAACAAUGGUUAUUCAACUUAAAACCUGAUUCCAUCCAUACAUGGGAACAAAUGGAGCACAAGUUCUUGGAGGAGUACUUUCCGCCUCACAAGACGGCAAAUUUCAAGGUGAAAAUAAAUAAUUUUGUUCAAGAGAACGGCGAAAGUCUUUACGACGCUUGGCAAAGGUUCAAAGGUUACCAACGAGCGUGCCCACAUCAUGGCAUGGAUCGAAGGCACCUAAUCUCAACCUUGGUUGAAGGGUUAAGGAAAGACAUAAGACGUUGGAUAAAUGCCGCUGCUGGAGGUUCUAUCCGCAACCUCACUUUUGAGCAUCUUCAACCUAUGUGA